ACCGCUGCAUCUGGCACAGAGCCAAGAGGAGCCCAGCUCUGGGACAGGUGGCUGGCAGUGCAGGGUGCUGGGCAUCCGCCCAGCCCCCGCCCUGGGCGCGGGACCAGCUGUGGAACAGGAACUCCGGGCACUCGGGCUGGAGAACUAAUAUUUGUGCAAGUGCGGCAAGGACGCCCUGGCUCCGAGGACGCACGAGCCCCAGGCCUCGAACGCUGCCCCCAUGCGGACCCUCUCCUUUCUCUCGCGGCGGCCGUCGCCGAUGCUGCUGCUGCUGCUGUCGCCAUGGUCAGUCUGUGCCCACGUGUCCGCCGCGGCCGCCACCUCGGGAACCCCAGGCACCCCGGACUGCCCGGAGGCGUGCGCGUGCGCGCCGGGCGGCCAGGCCAACUGCUCGAGGCGCGAGCUGCCCGCCGUGCCUGCGGGCCUGAGCCGGCGCGUGCGCGCGCCGCUGCUGGACCACAACCGUGUGCGCGCGCUGCCGCCGGGCGCCUUCGUGGGCGCUGGCAUGCUGCUGCGCCUGGACCUGCGCGAGAACGGGCUGCGCUGGGUGCACGCGCGGGCCUUCUGGAGCCUCGGCGCGCUGCAGCAGCUCGACCUCAGCGCCAACCAG